AUGCCUCCGAAAAGAAAACCUCGUCGAGAUGAGGAUGAAUUGCAGUCUAUCCGUGGCACUGCUGCCAUCACCAAAGACCUCCCGUCCUUGCCUUCCCGCUUCGACACAUCGUACGGUUCGGCGCCAUCCACUAUCCCGCGGAAUAAUAGGCGGGGUCAAGUUCGCAAUAUUCAAGACGCCGUCCAAGAUGCCCUAAACGACGAUGACAGCGAGGAUGAUCAGGAUGAUCGCGACUCGAGAAUCAAAUCCAAUCUCGGUAUUAAACCGAAGCCUCACCGCCGAUUCCAGCCAGAGCUGGAGCCGGAGCCGGAACCGGAACCAGAACCGGACGUUCAGCCAGACUUCGGGCCCGAAUUUGAUUCGGAUUCUGAAUCACCUCCACCAAGGGACUCAACCCCAGAACUACCUAGAGCUCAUAACUCACCCCAGCGGAGCAGUCCCCUUAGAACUGCCCCAACGGUUGAAUCUGUUUCAUUCCAAGCAGAUCUUUCGGUUGGUACGCGCCGUAGUAAAAGGCUCUUGCCCGGUGCCGCCCCUCCCAAAGGUUCCGAUCUUCCGCCACCAGGCCCGACAACAGGGAGAGCCAGUAGAGACAGCUCGGAAGGUGCGGCUUCUAUGUUAGCUCCCAAAAGUACAUGGCGCAAUUCAGGCGCGCCUACAAGCGACAGCCAUUUCCCACCUGCCAGCCAAGGAUCAGUUUUUCAUCGCGCCCUUGCCGAAGGGACGGAUCGCUUUGCCACGAGGCGACUUGGGUCAGAAGAUCCAGCGCCCACGCCAGAUUCUGUGCGAACUUUCGGCCAAGAAAGCUCGCUGUUCGGGGAUGCGACUAUUGCUUCGCUUUCAUCCAAGUCUCUUUCUUCCGUCGAUGAUAAUCCGGUCCCUACGAUUGAAGAAGAUUCACCUGUGGAGGCUGAAGAGGACAACGUUUUUGCCUUGAAAAGCCCCUCAAAGCGUUUACUACGCCCCCCAAAGCACAACCCGCCCAUGGCUCCGCGAUCGUUCAACCGGCCUGACCAGCCGAAGGAACCUAUUCGGUCGCCUGUCGUGGAGGUCGCCGACCGACCCGCUCCUGAUGUCCGACCUCCUCACAACUCCUCCUUACCUUCAACUCCACCAGAGCCUCCCCGUACCCCUACCGGAGAUCGGUUAAGGCCACAGAAACAGUCUCCUCAAGCUGCAUCUCCAGCUCAACCAGCUGUUGUUCAAGUCGUGCCCGUUACAACAGAUGCUUCCCUCCCUGCUCGUUCUCAGCGAGGUAGCAGUCUUCCUGCCGUCUCAUCUACCUCUAGGUUACAAUCAACUCGAGCAAUGAGCACCAUGCCUGAUAUAAGGACACAUGCUGAGGAGCCUUCCAAUGUCAAUCGUAAUCUGUUUCACCAGUCACCAGCUCGAUCUAGCCCCAGUCCGUUUCGGCCCGGUCCAGCACGCCAGCCUGUAUUUGCCAGCCCCCGGGCCGCUCAUUCUCGGCCGACAGUACAGCCCCCUUUCCGCGAAACAUCGCCACCUCGUACUCGCGCUGAGCCGCGUAUCACCGAGUUCCGUAGCAAUACGCACAAACAGGAUCGUUACGCAACAGGGCAAAAGCAGGGUGGGUUGUUUACCCGUGACAUGCGAGAAAAGGUAGAGUUGGAACGUCAACAGGAUGAGGCAGAGCAGCAGGCUCUCCGGAGCGUGCGCAAAGCACGUCUUCAAGCGUGGCCUCGAGUGUACAAGAAUCUUUACACAUGGACAAAUACGGCACGUCCCGACACACCGGAAUCAGAUGUUUCUCUGAACGGAUCAGAACCACGGCCGAGGAGGCUGCCGCGUCAGGUCCCUAUGAAGCAAUUUCCCUGGGGAUCAUGGAUACUAUUCACGCUUGCCGAUACGUUCGCAGACAUACUCAGCUUCAUUUUCUCGCCUGAAGCUUGGCUUAUCAGAGCAGUUUUCGGCCUCGCGCUUGCGUCUUUCAUUGGUUGGACAAUCUUCUCAGGGCUCUCCUCGGUUCCCGCCCUAGGCCUCGGUGGUCUUCAAUGGUACGGCUUUUCAGAUAUUGCCCAUAAUUUAGGUCAAUUCAUGCCAUUGUGGAUGACGCGGCCGUCAACCAUGUUCAGUGAUGAGGAUACGAGGGAGUAUUUACGACGACAGCGUGAUCACGAGUACGAAAUCACGAAGUUGAUGACAUCCGCCAAGCUCCACGAAGGCUCGCUCUCCAGGCUGCAACAGAUUAUACCUAAAGUUGUUCACAUGGAUCUUGAUAAGCAUGGCCAGCCUGUGGUAUCACAAGAUUUUUAUCACGCUUUGAGGGACUUGAUGAAGAGCGAUGCUGAGGUUCUAACUCUGGACAGAGGUCAUGGCGGUUAUCACUUCAUAUCUGACGAGCAUUGGCGAGCAAUCAAAGAUAGACUCAAGAAAGAUUCGGUCUACCAAAAUGCGGCAACACCACCCAAGCCGGGUCUUUCAACUACCGACGUUGAGGGUAUCGUCAAAAACAGCUUUUCCAACUCUUGGGAGAAGUGGCUAAAAAGCAACAAUAUGCAGGUGGCCAAAAUCCUGGAACCUGCUUUUGGCACCUCAAUUCCCGACAAAAUCGAGAAGGACUUGGAAGCCAAGCUUGAGAAGUAUGUCAAAGAUCUAUAUAAGGAAAAAGGCACCAAAGAUGUCGUCGUCACGCGGGAGGAAUUCAUUAGACACCUCAAGGGAGAGUUUGCCGCCCAUCGGAACGAAGUCAAGGCUGAAGCCCAAGAGUUACAGAAGAAGCUUGAGGAAUAUAUCAGCCAGUCGGUCGACCUUGCCAUGAGCAAAGCUCCGCCAAGUGGCGUAUCUCGUACCGAGAUGGUUCACAUCGUCGACGAGAUGAUUCGCCAGGCCAUCGCAAAUGCUGGACUGGAAGCCCUGGCAAAGGGCAAGAUUGGAGCGAACUGGAUCUCGGAGCUCCGCCGGCAAGUCAACUAUCUCACUAUUGGCAACGGCGUGGUCAUUGACCCUGAUCAUACUUCUCCGGAUUACCAACCCUCUAUAAAGGGCAAGAUUGGUUCUCCUGCCUGGUUAGCGAGUACCAAGCGGAGCCCAUACGUCUUGGGAGCAGUGAAAACUCUAUUGCGCUGGGAAGAUGAAGGCGAGUGUUGGUGUGGUCAGACGACUGUAGACAAGCAAGGACAGUCGUUGGGCGUGUUCAUCUCCUACCUGCUCAGCCACGAAAUUAUUCCUCGGCAUGUCGUCGUUGAACACAUCCUGCCCAGCGCUACAUUAAAUCCUGAAGCCCGACCAAAGGAUAUGGAAGUUUGGGCUUACAUCGCCGAAGUUACUCUGCGCAGCCGCGUCGAAGAUUUCUCUGCCAGCCACUUCCCGGCAGCCUCACGCCAAAAGUGGCUAAGCGAUGGUUGGGUUAAGAUCGGCCAAUUCACAUACGAGAGCAACGAUGCGCUCGACGGAGUUCACGUACACCAGCUCAGCCCUGAAUUGGUGAACCUUGGGGCUGCAACAGAUCAUAUCAUUCUCCGAGCAGUCAGUAACCACGGUGCUGACCACACAUGUAUUUACAGAGCUCGUCUCUUUGGAGACAGACAGGCUUGA